AUGCCGAAAAAUACUUUAUGUUACUGAAACCCGAUUAAGCUGACUUAAAUUGCUCCUUAUAAUAUAUUAGUGUCUCCCCUCUCCAUUCAAACGUUCUUUAUGUAGUUAUAUACGCUUUUUGUACACUUUAUAAUUACUAUUUAUUAUGUAUUUAAUUAUAAGUGGGUUUACCAGGUCGGUAAAUUUAUACCUGGCUCCAAACAUGCUUCCUAACUAUUCAGCGUUUUAACUGGAGGAUCAUACGCCGCAGGAUUGGUAACGUGCAGCUGCUUUAAUGCAGACAAUAUUUAAAAUGAGCAGAGACCCAUCUGACAGCAUUUUGUAGGAGGAGUGAAUACCAGGAAGCAGGAAAAGAUGUGUCGGUAAUAUUUCUGUUUAAUAACAUUGUCAUGAGACAAUGACGAGAGAUAUGAGGAUGAAGCCUAGUCUGAAGAUUUGGGUGUUCGCCUUGACUGGAGGCCUAGUGCUUCUCUUAUUACACUGCUGCCAACUCAAAGCAGAGGGUUGGUAUUCACUGGUGUUUUAUUAUUAUCCCUGGGAAGAAAAAACGCAACUGUAUAAACUGGAUGUAGACUGGCCAAAAAAUCCAGAGUACCUGGGCGGUAUAGCCUAUGGUGUGGCAGUCGAUCCCUUCAAUUCAUUGGUCUACGUAGCACAGAGAGGGGAAAAUGUAUCAAAAGUUGUGGUGUUUACAGAAGAAGGAUAUUUUAAAGAAAUGUGGGAUACCGAUAAAAUCGAAAUGCCUCAUGGGAUAUUUGCAGUCAGCACUGCUAAAGAGCAGUCGGUAUGGAUCACGGAUGUUGGUCAAGGAGAAUAUGGGCACACAAUAAAACAGUUUUCGCCCUCUGGAAACCUUCUUCAUGUACUGGGUACAGCAGGAAACGCAGGAUCAAGUUUAAAUCCACUUCAGUUCGAUCAGCCAGCAGAAAUAUUUGUUGAAGAAACCGGGGAACUGUAUAUUGUGGAUGGAGAUGGGGGACUGAAUAACAGGCUUCUUAAAUUAACAAACAAUUUCUGGCUUUUGUGGACAUUGGGUGGAAAUGGUACAAACCCCGGCCAGUUCUACAUCCCACACAGUGUAGCAGUGGAUAACGUUGGCCGGGUAUGGGUGGCAGAUCGAGGAAAUAAAAGGAUACAGGUGUUUGAUAAAAUUUCAGGAGAGUGGAUUGGAUCUUGGAGCACCUGUUUCUCGGAAGAUGGACCCUAUUCAGUCAGGUUAACAGCGGAUAAGAAGUACAUUGUUGUUGCCCAGCUAAAUAUUAGCCGGGUACUCUUUAUAGCAAUGCCUCCCAUAGGGAGCAUUGGAGAUUGCCACGUUGAAAGCACUAUCCAGAUGGCAGAAGGAGUCCGGCCACAUCUUGUAGAUGUCAAUGUGAAUACUGGCUCGGUGUAUGUCGCGGAGCUUGGUGCUCAGCAAGUGCAAAAAUACGUGCCUUUGCAAAAGACAUCUAAUAGUUCUUAAGCAGUGUUUAUAAAGGUCUUUGUGGUGAUGGUGACUUCCCAUGUGGGAUGGAGCCUGGUGCUCCAUUUAUACCUUUACUAUAUUCGCUAUAUUCUAAGUGACAGGCCCCGGUUAUAAUGUAACGAGAUCUCCGUGUUUUAUGUCAUUAAACAGUAGCAUGUCAUAACAUAUAGAGAGGCAGCCUCCAACUUUAACGGUAACUGUAUGUAUAAAGUCAGAUGUCUGAUUACUUCUGGUAUUUAGUGCUACCUCUUUGUAAGGAAUUUCACGCUAUUUGGUAAAACUGGAAUAUUUUUCUUGAUCAGUCUUUUUCACAUUCCAAUAUAAGAGAUAGAGUAUAUUUCUUUUUGCUAGGUAAAACGUUUACAUGUUGUAAUAAAAUGAAACAUUGACAUUUAAAAAAAAAA